CGCGCGCGCGCGCUUUUGAAAAAGAACGGCCGGCAAAGCUGCAACUUCCUGCUUCCGGAGGGCGCCGCCAGGGUGCGCGCUGCCACGCUCUCACGUUGACGCGCGGGGCGGGGCGGGGCGCGCUGCCGGCCCGGAAGCGGCGCACGCGGGAGCGAGGCGCGGGAAUGGGCUCGCGGGUAGAGGAGGCGGCUGCCAACUCUGUGCCCACAGGGCCUGAGCGGGACGACGAGAUGGCUGAGCUGUCUGACGGCGAGGAGGCCUGGGAGGAGGAAGAGGAGGAGGAGCGGAGAGCAGGCGAGGGGCUGCGUGCCCGCUGCCUUUUCUGCGAUAGGUGGUUCUGCAGCCCCGAAGAUGUGUUCUGCCAUUGUAACGCGGAGCAUCAGUUUAAUGUUCGUGAUGUGGUCAGAAAACACGGACUUGAUUUUUAUGGAUACAUUAAACUAAUAAACUUUGUCAGGCUGAAGAAACCUAUGCCAGCUUAUUUGAAUUCACUCAGCAGCCCGCUGCCUUGGGAUGGAGAGGACUAUCUGAAACCAGAGCUGGAAGAUGAUCUCCUGCUUCAGUUUGAUACAGAAGACCUAUGUGAACCCACAGACAUUUUGUGUUCUAAUGGCUUAAAUGAUACCUCGGUGCUCCUUAAACAAUUAAAGCAUGCAGAAGACAGAGCAAGACUUGCUGAAGCAGCCUUCGCUAGAGCACAAGAUGAUCUUCAGAAAAUGAGACAAUUUGCACAGGAUUUCGUGAUGAACGAUGUCGGAAGCAGCUCGUCAUCCAACACCAUUGCAGACCUUCAUGAGGAUGAGGAUGGCGUUUACUUCAGCUCCUAUGGGCAUUAUGGGAUACACGAAGAGAUGCUGAAGGAUAAAGUGCGUACAGAAAGCUAUCGUGACUUCAUCUAUCAAAAUCCACAUAUCUUCAAGGACAAGGUUGUUUUGGAUGUUGGCUGCGGAACUGGAAUACUCUCCAUGUUUGCUGCCAAAGCAGGUGCAAAGAAAGUGAUUGGAGUAGACCAAUCUGAAAUCAUUUAUCAAGCCAUGGACAUCAUUAGAUUAAAUAAACUUGAAAAUACCAUUACGUUAAUCAAAGGAAGAAUUGAAGAAGUAGAUCUGCCUUUGGAGAAAGUGGAUGUAAUUAUAUCUGAAUGGAUGGGUUAUUUCCUUCUCUUUGAGUCUAUGCUGGAUUCUGUCAUCUAUGCAAAGGACAAGUACCUGGCAGAGGGAGGCUCAGUUUAUCCUGACAUUUGCACCAUCAGUCUAGUAGCUGUAGGAGAUAUGAAUAAACAUACAGAAAAGCUACUUUUCUGGGAGGAUGUAUAUGGCUUUGACAUGUCUUGCAUGAAGAAAGCUGUAAUUCCAGAAGCUGUUGUGGAGGUGCUGGAUCCAAGCACUCUUAUAUCUGAAACCAGCAUAAUUAAGGCAAUUGCAGGUUAUUUCGAUAUAUUUUUUGAGAAGGACUGUCACAACAAGGUCUUGUUUUCAACUAGUCCCCUGUGUACCAAAACACACUGGAAACAAACAGUUUUUCUUCUGGAGGAACCAAUUCCUGUAGAAGCAGGAGAGGCCUUGAGGGGAAAGAUAACAGUCCGCAAGAACAGAAAAGAUCCACGGUCCCUCCUUAUAACCCUUUUGGUCAAGGAUGUAAAGCAGACUUACAGUCUUCAAUGAAAGUUCUAUGUGUAUAGCUAUGAAAAAUGUCCAAUUUAACUGUUAGAUUUAACUGUUGGUAGCUGUUUCUGUAAGCCAAAAAUGGUAAACUCUUGGAACUUCAUAUGUGUGCAGGCACAACAGUGUGAUAAGGGUACCUGAAACUGAGAGAGAGAGUUUUGGAAAUUUUCAAUUGAAAUUUUGGAUGCUCUUGCACGUGCGUAUGGCAACUAAUGACAAAAUGAGAUCCUGCUUUAUUUCACAUAACGUGGGGGAAAGAAAGAGAAGUUGGGUUUGGUUAGAUGAGACAGCUGAGUGAGAAAAAUGACUUUAAAGUUGUGUUGUGAGGAAAAGUAAUCAUGAUAUCUGAAUAUUACUUUAUUCUCCAGCUGCCAAUGAUGCUUACUAUUAAAGAAUAAGAAAAAAAAAUGUUUUUUUUUUUUUAAAUAUGGAAAGAGCAGUUAAAUGAUGUGCCACUGCAGCUCAGCAGUAGCUAGAAAAUCACAAUGAGAAUAAAUUUGGAAUUUCAACUGCAGGUUGCAGCACCAAAGAUUUUAUUUUUAUUACAACUCUGUGAAUAAAAGGUCGUAUCAUGUUUCAGUUACAUUAAUCUAAAUAAAUGAUCUGAGUGUGUUUUAU